AUGGCCAUGGCGUCGGGCCCAGUGAAGCGCUCAUCUUCCACACUGGAAUUGACCGACAGCAAGCGGCCAAAGCCUCAUUACUAUCACCAUCACCGUUUCCAGGAGCCCGUCACUCUCCCUCCAUCCUCGGAACCAGCCGUACAGGAUGACUCCAACAUCGACCAUAUGAUGAGUCGCUCGAUCGGGCAGGCCCUGAGGAAUGAAGGAUUUGAAAUGGCUGAUCCCACUGCCUUGUCGAGCUUGCGCAGUUCCGCAGAGGAGUAUCUUUUUCGAUUAUCCACCUAUGUGCGCCAAUCGAUGCUAGCAUCGCGCCGCAUUCAACCUAUUCCUCAUGACUUCGAGCACGCUUUCACCCGUGGCCGUGUCUCCCUCGACGACCUCCUUCCCUCCGUUAAAUCGAACCGGCCAGUCGCGCCGGUACCGCUUCUCCUUCCAUCCCCUCCUCCCGAAGAUGAGGUUACCCGCAAGCUUCCAUUUUUGAAUGCAUUGAAGGGAGAAGAGGGCUUGACGAACCGUUCCUACGUUCCCAAGCACUUCCCCGACUUUCCGAGCAAACACACCUACUCUGCUACGGCGGUCUUUACAGAGAGAGACAGCGACCCGCGCCAGAUUCGAGAACGGGCUGCCGAGGAUGGGCGUCACGGUGAAGAGGCGCUACGGAAAUUAGCUAGCGCCGCGUUCCGCGACAACCCGACGAGCUCGAGCGGCAAGGACAAGAAGCUCUGGGGCCGGCGGAUGGAGAGUAUGGAGACAAUGUUUGAAAAGACGGUCAAGGGGCUUGCGAAGAAAUUACAGAAGGACCCACUCGCAUCCGUAUCCGCGCCGAUGGACGCCGGGUUGAGUUCAUCCAUGGAUAUCGACUUAGGGCCGGCCGAUGGGCACGCAAAAGCACGGUCCAAGGUGUCGUGGAAUAUAGAAAUGGGCCCCAUUGUCAACUGCGAGCGAGACUUAUGGCGGCGGACAACUGCGAGCGGGCAGGGAGAAGAGAAGACGCCCAACCCCCCGGCCAGCGUUGAACCUACAGAUGGCGUUAUUGGCACAUAG